UGGGCAUCUACCUCUGCCCUGGAGGGAGCUUGUGUAUAUAUACCAGUGUGCCUGUGAGCCGGGAACAAACCUGAGGUGAGGCAGCUGAAAGGGAAAAGGAAGGAUCCUCCUUUAAUCUGGAUAUGUGAACAAAAACCCACCCACAAAUCCAAUAAGAAUCAUUUUCAGCAGCUGGAUUGUAUUCCUUCUGGAUUCAGGGCACGUGGUGCUUUCUACGUAGACUUAGAAAAAGCUAGUCCUGGUGGAACAGGAAUCCAGGAGUUUUAGGCGCUUCUCCCAAGAAAAGACUAGUGCAGCCUGCCAGACCAAAAACUGAGAACUAGAACCUUGAGCCCAUCCCUGAUUUUCUUCCUGCACUGAACUUCUCCCUGCCAUCCAACCUUCCUUAUCUCUUGGGCUGAUAUUUGAGCCAUGAUGGCCAUUUCUGCCCCUCUCUGGCACUAUAGCUGCCACUUCCUUCUCGUCUGCCUGAUUUUUCUUUCUGCCUUGCCCCCCACUGUUUCUGCUCUCCCUCUUCCAAAUUCCAACCCCCUCUAUCAGUUUGAUGGGCAGGUCCGGCUUCGCCACCUCUACACGGCGGAUGAGCAAACGCACCUCCACCUGGAGAUCACACCGGAUGGCGCCGUGCGUGGUUCCAGAUACCAGAACCCCUUCAGUUUGAUGGAGAUCAAAGCUGUGAAGCCAGGAGUUAUUCGCAUGCAGGCCAAGAAGACCUCCAGGUUUCUCUGCAUGAAACCCAGUGGACAUCUGUAUGGCUCACUCUCCUACUCUGACGAGGCAUGUAACUUCCGGGAGAAAGUUCUCCGUGAUGGCUACAACCUCUAUUAUUCAGAAAAGUACAACAUUCCGGUCAGCCUCAGCAAUCCAGGGAUCCUGGGCCAGAGUCGCCAGUUACCCCCCUUCUCCCAAUUCCUACCACUAGUCAACAAGAUCCCCCUUGAACCCGUGUUUGUAGACUACGACUUCUAUGAACAGACACUGGAUGUUGAAUCAGAGGACCCCAUGAGCAUUUUGGGCCAAAACCCUGGCUUCAUGAGCCCAAGCUAUAUUUUCUGAUAAUCUGGGAGACUUUGGUGGCUGAAAGGGUAUACGGUAUAUGAGUCUUAUCCGUAGGGUACAGAUACCUGUCUUCCAUGGCUGUAGAACAAAAUGCAGUGUUUGGGACAGGAGGAGAAGAAAGAAGACUUGUUUUGCUUGGUGCAUGGACUUUAAUGACUGACAUCAUUAUAGUACUGUACAUCUUGGACUUUGGCAUCCUGAACCUGCCAUAGCUGCAUCCUAGUUGAUGGAUGACAGAUGUACUAGU